UAGAGCCAAAAUUCAUUGACCUGUACAAUGUUAUCUCAGUCUUCGCCAAUCUUAGACCAGUGAACAAUAAAGGAUAGCUUCCUCUGAAUCGGAGCAAUUAUCCCAUACAGAAGAAAAAAAAAGAGAAAAAAAAUGAAGCUUCUUCAUGGGUUCUUGCUGUUCUUGAUGACAUCAGCAUAUGGUAUUUUUGAAUCAGUACAGGCUCAAAAUCAAUCAGAAUUUAUCAGCUUGGAUUGUGGGUUGGUCCCUAAGGAAACAAUCUAUAGCGAGGUGUCGACGAAAAUAGUAUACAAAUCAGAUGCAAAUCACAUCGAAAGUGGAGUAGCCGGGAGAAUCAAUGACGCGUACAAGACGUUGUUUCUGCAACAGACUUGGUCCUUAAGAAGCUUCCCUGAGGGUACAAGAAACUGUUACAACUUCAACCUCACAGCUAAACUCAAAUAUCUGAUCAGAGCAGGCUUUGUUUAUGGGAACUAUGACGGUCGAAAUCAACUCCCAAGCUUUGAUCUUUACAUUGGUCCUAACAAAUGGACUUCUGUUUCAUUUCCUGGAGUUGCAAAUGGUUCAGUCCACGAGAUGAUCCAUGUCUUAACACAAGACCGUCUUCAAGUUUGUCUUGUUAAGACAGGAAAAACGACCCCGUUUAUCUCCUCCUUGAAACUUCGUCCAUUGAACAACGAAACUUACCCCACACAAAGUGGAUCGUUGGUCACGAUCUCAAGAGUUUACUUUUCACCCAGUACAUUCAUCGUCAGGUAUGCUGAUGACAUCCACGACCGAAACUGGACACCAUUCUUAGGCAGCCACAUGAAGUCAAUAAGCACGGACCUUUUUGUCAAUACAAGUAGCUUAUAUGAUGUCCCACAACUUGUAGCUAAGACAGCCGCUGUACCUGCAGAUGAGAGUCAGCCUCUGACAAUAGAUUGGAGUGUCGACAAGAACAUUGCACAGAUAUAUGUAUACAUCCAUUCAGCAGAAAUCCAUAAACUUGAAGCUAAUCAGAGCAGAGUAUUAAACAUUUAUUGUAAUGGUCAACCAUUUUCCAUGUCUAAUUCGAGGGCUAUAAGUUCUGAUGGGAAAUUCAAUCUAACUUUGGCCAAGACGGGUAACUCAACUCUUCCUCCUCUUAUCAAUGGCCUCGAGUUAUAUAAAGGCUUGGACCUUCUACAGCUCGACACAGACCAAGAUGAAGUUUCUGCAAUGAUGAACAUCAAGAGAAUUUAUGAGUUGAAGAAAAAGACUAGCUGGCAAGGAGAUCCAUGUGCUCCACAGAUUUAUCGGUGGGAAGGACUAGACUGCAGUUAUCCAGACUCCGAGCCACCGCGAAUCAUAUCUCUGUUAUGCUUUGUUUCUUGUUCAUCUCAAGUACCCUUCUUUAGUUUUUUAUUCACAAAUUCUAACUCUAUUGGGUAUGAAAAUAUUAGGAAUCUGAGAGGGAACAAGUUGGCUGGUAGUAUAACACCUGAACUGUCCAAGCUAACACAGCUGAUAGAGCUAGAUUUAUCAAAGAACGAUUUAUCAGGAAAUAUUCCAGAUUUUUUUGCUGAUAUGAAGUCCCUGAAACGAAUAAAAUUAAGUGGAAAUCCAAAUCUCAAUAGCACAAUUCCAGACUCACUUCAGCAAAGAUUAAAGAGCCAUUCUUUAACACUAAUUUUGAGUGAAAGAAAAAAGGUUCCAGUGGUUGCUAUAGUCUUUGGAGUGUUAGCUCUGCUAGUCAUCUUAGCCAUCUUUUUCGUCGUCCGAUGGAAAAGAAUUAAAAGAGAGGCAAGAUCAUCCAAACCACCAAUCAUAACAAAGGACCGAAGGAUCACAUAUCCUGAGGUACCGAAGAUAACUAACAACUUCAAGAGAGUUCUUGGCGAAGGAGGCUUUGGGAUAGUGUAUCAUGGAAACUUGGAUGAUACUCAAGUAGCCGUGAAAAUGCUCUCUCCCUCAUCAGCUCAAGGUUAUAAGGAAUUCAAAGCAGAGGUUGAGCUUCUUUUAAGAGUUCACCAUAGACAUUUGGUGUCACUUGUGGGUUAUUGCGAUGAUGGAGAUAACUUGGCUUUGAUCUAUGAAUACAUGGCUAAAGGAGACCUACGAGAGAAUAUGUCAGGAAAACAUGGUGGCAAUGUCCUAAGCUGGGAAACUAGAAUGAAAAUAGCUGUAGAGGCAGCACAAGGAUUGGAGUAUCUACACAAUGGAUGUGAGCCUCCCAUGGUCCAUAGAGAUGUGAAAACUACAAAUAUCUUAUUGAAUGAGCGGUAUGUAACAAAGUUAGCUGACUUUGGGCUCUCAAGAUCUUUCCCAAUAGAUGGUGAAGGCCAUGUAUCGACUGCGGUUGCGGGCACUUUUGGAUACCUAGACCCAGAGUACUACAGAACAAACAUUCUAAGCACAAAGAGCGACGUAUACAGCUUUGGUGUAGUGCUGUUAGAGAUCAUAACAAACCAGCCUGUGAUAGAUAAAACCAGAGAGAGACCUCAUAUUAAUGAAUGGGUUGGGUUCAUGCUCACUAAAGGAGACAUCAUGAGCAUCAUCGACCCAAAACUGAUGGGGGACUAUGACACAAACGGUGCAUGGAAGAUUGUAGAGUUGGCUCUGGCUUGUGUGAAUCCGUCUUCCAACCGGAGACCAACAAUGGCACAGGUUGUGGUGGAGCUAAAUGAGUGCAUGUCCUUAGAAAAUGCGAGGGGACAAGGUAGUGAAGAGAUGCCUUCAAAAGAUUCUUCUGCCUUUAAUCUCUCUUCGGCUUCUGAAUUUAACCCUGGAGCCAGAUAAAACUGGAAAAUUUCCCAGUUCGUAUUUUCCUUUGUGAUAAUAAAACGAGUAAUGUUCGGAUCCGGUGGCUGCGGUCCUGAGGCUGUAUCUGUCCGCGCGUGAGCGAAACAAUACAAUAUUAUUUACCUGUUUAAAAAAUAUACUGUAGUACAAUAUUUCAUUUAUAUAAAUUUUCUUUUAUUUAUAUAUAUAA